CUCGUGAGAUAGCACGUGCAUUUUUCGAACUGGAUCCGAGUUGUUUGCCGUGAGUCCUGAAAGUCAUGUGAAACAUAGUCUAGUUUUAAGGGUUCCAAAGAACAAAGUGUCAUCAUGCCAAAAUCAGUUCCAAAGAGUUCUGCCAAUGAUCUCGUUAGUGAUGUCCACGUCAGUAGUAGCAGCAGUAGCAGCAACAGGUCCACGUUGGGUUCCAAACGAAGACACAGUGAGCUGGAACAAAACGUCGCGGAUGAUUUAAUCGAAUCUUCACGGAAGCGACCGAAUCUAGUGGAACCGGACCAAUCGGGCGUUGACGCCGUGGUCCCAUCCAAUCCGUCACCGCCGAAUUCACCCGGUACUGCUGUAAGAUCGGACUUUCUGUUGCAAGCUUUGCAACGCAUCCAGGAGCUUCAGGAUGAGAUCGAUUUCCUAGAGAAUGAUCCUUAUGCGGAGGAUGCCGAUUCGACGGAGGAGGAUGAGGAUGCGGAGUCCAGCUUCGAGCAGAGUCACCACCAAAUCGUGAUGGGUCACCAGGCGGAAGCAAUGGGAUUUGCUGUUUGUGCACGGGAAACCAUGGCCUUUCUCGAGCGGGAAGGUGUUUCUCCGGAUGAUCCCAUGCUGGUGAAUCUGAGAAACCGUUUGAUUGGCCGAUGUGAACGAAAUUUGUCCUGUUGAAUUUUGACACAAGAAAAAACAGAAUGCGGGCAAAACGCUGCGGGUGGAAAAAUAAGUGUGUGACCGUCUAGUCAGUGAAUACGAGUGAAUCUGGGUGUGAAGUACUUGCACACGUCAAGGAACAAUUCUAGUCAGAACUGUUAGCUUUGUAAGGAACCAAAGUUUUUGUAUUGCGUACCAAAAAUAAAGUUUAAGUCAUCGA